AUGCUCUCACGACUUGCACUACGCCCCCCUUUGGUAGUUCCCAUUAGUGUUCGUCAAUUUUCGAAAUCUCUGCUGAGACCGGCUCGAUUCGGUGGUAGUGGAAGCGGUGGCGUUCAUCGAUUUGGGAUCGGUGUACGUGCUGGUAAAACUCUUAAGGAACGACUUCUUGGACCAACAACUGGAGCACCUUAUGUAUAUGGUACGUAUGCCUUGGCUGGUGCCUCUGUUUUUGGCAUUGGUGCCCUGAUGUAUUAUGGCCUUGUAUCUAAAGAACAAUCUAUUCUCCAAGCCAGCGCGCUUUGGCCCACGUAUGUUCGAGAGAGGCUUUCUUCAACCUAUUCUUACUUAGCGGGUAGUUUGGCUAUGACUGCAGCUAGUGGAGUGGCCGCUUCACGCAAUGCAGCCAUUAUGCGUCUUACACAGUCUGGUGGAAUAUUGGGUCUUUUCGCUACACUAGCAGUGAUUAUUGGAACUGGAAUGCUCUGUCGGUCCAUUGACUAUGACAGCACUGUUGCAAAGCAUUUGGCUUGGAUGCUUCACUGCGGAGCAAUGGGAGCAGUUCUUGCUCCGAUGGUUUAUAUGGGUGGACCGGUACUGAUGAGAGCUGCUUGGUAUACUGCAGGCAUUGUUGCCGGGCUUUCUGCAACAGCCAUCACUGCGCCGUCAGAGAAAUUCCUCAUGAUGUCAGGACCCCUUGCUAUGGGACUUGGCGUGGUUUUCGUGGCGAAUAUUGGGACAUUCUUUUUCCAUCCUGGGUCGGCACUUGGAGCUGGAUUGAUGUCGAUUGUGCUUUACGGUGGUUUGAUUCUUUUCUCGGCAUUUCUAUUGCACGACACACAACGAGUGAUUAGGCAUGCUCAAAUGUAUCCACAGCAUGGGAAGAUGUAUGGGAUGCCGGACAUCAAGAGCUAUGACCCAAUCAACGCGCAGUUGUCGAUAUACUUGGAUAUCUUGAACAUUUUCAUACGAAUGGCUAUGAUAAUGGGCGGAAUGAAUGGGGGACGAAAGAAGUAG